UCUUCAAGAUUUGUACUGAUUUUCAUCUUUGCCAUUUGUGUGGCUUGCUUUGCAGAAGAGCGAUCAGUGUACUUGGUGUUAAUGGAAGGAGAGCCUGUUGCAUUUCAUGGAGGUCGCUCACCUCAUAACUAUCAUCAUCAUCAUCAUCAUCGUAAAAGAAAACUUGGACUGAACAGUGAAGUUUCCCAAGCCCAUGCAAAGCGCUUGGUUGAUUCCCAUGACCAGCUUCUACAAAGCACCCUUGAAAUAGGAAGCUACAGCAAGCUCUACAGCUUCAAACACAUUGUUAAUGGCUUCGCUGUUCAUGUCACUCCUUCUCAGGUUGACAAACUCAGAGUUGCUCCUGGAGUAAAGCUGGUGGAGAGAGAUAGAGGAGCCAAAUUGAUGACUUCAUAUACUCCUCAAUUCCUGGGUUUACCUCAGGGAGUUUGGACUCAAGAAGGAGGAGAUAGAAAUGCAGGAGAAGGGAUAGUUAUCGGUUUUGUUGACACAGGCAUCAAUCCUCGUCAUCCGAGUUUUGCCUAUGAUCCUCUAAAUCCUCUUACUUCAAAUAUUUCUCAUUUUUCUGGUACUUGCCAGACAGGCCCUAGAUUCCCUGCUAAUUCUUGCAAUGGAAAGAUAGUAUCAGCUAAGUUCUUCUCAGCUGGUGCUCAAGCAAUUGCUACUCUUGACCCUUCGGUGGACAUUCUCUCACCCUUUGAUGCAGUUGGACAUGGAAGUCAUGUAGCUUCAACUGCUGCUGGAAACGCUGGGGUACCAGUGGUGGCCAAUGGCUUCUACUACGGACGAGCUAGUGGGAUGGCGCCACGUGCACGAAUCGCUGUUUACAAGGCCGUCUAUCCAACAGUGGGAACCUUAACGGAUGUCGUUGCAGGAAUUGAUCAAGCAACAAUGGAUGGAGUGGAUAUAUUAACGCUCUCUGUUGGACCAGAUGAACCACCGGAAGAUACUCUCACAUUCUUAAGUGUGUUUGAUGUUUUUAUGCUAUUUGCACGAAGAGCUGGUGUUUUUGUUGUGCAAGCUGCCGGCAACAAUGGGCCAGAUCCUUCAACUGUUGUGUCUUACAGCCCCUGGGCUGUGGGAGUAGCUGCUUGCACCACAGACAGAAUCUAUCCUGGUUCACUUCUUCUUGGAAAUGGUCAAAAAGUUGGAGGUGUGGGCUUAUCAGCACCCACUUUUGGAGAUGGUCGUUUUCUGUAUAAGCUGGUGUUGGCUCAGGAUGCAGUUAAGGCAAAUGGGACAUUCCCAAGGACUCCACAAUACAUCGAAGAAUGCCAAUAUCCAGAGUCACUGGACCCUAGUGUAGUGAGAGAUAGUAUUGUUAUCUGCACCUUCUCUACUGGCUUUUAUAAUGGCACAUCAACCAUAAAUGCCAUAAUCGACACAACAAGAACUUUAGGAUUUAUGGGUUUUGCUCUGGUCGCAAACCCAAUCUAUGGCGAUUUCAUAGCAGAACCUAUUCCUUUUGCAGUUUCAGGCAUUAUGAUCUCUAAUGUUGCUGAUGCACAGAUUAUAUUACAGUACUAUGAGCAACAAAUCAAAAGGGAUGAGAGAGGAUUUGUGACCGAAUUUCAUGCACGAGCAGCUAUAGGAGAGGGUAGAGUUGCAUCUUUUGAAGGUAGAGCGCCCAUUGUUAGCAGAUUCUCUUCCAGGGGACCUGAUUUUAUCGACAUUAAUCGGACUCCUGCUGAUGUUCUUAAGCCAGAUAUUCUAGCCCCUGGCCACCAAAUCUGGGCAGCCUGGAGCCCUCUUAGUGCCUUGGAGCCAAUGCUAACAGGCUACAAGUUUGCACUAUUGUCUGGUACAAGUAUGGCAACACCUCAUAUAGGGGGAAUAGCAGCAUUUAUCAAGCAAAUGAAUCCUUUUUGGACUCCAUCGAUGAUUUCAUCUGCCAUGUCCACCACUGCCACCAAGUAUGAUAACUAUGGACAACCCAUACUGGCAGAAGGAUUUGAUAUUAACAGCUUCUAUCCCUCCACUCAUUUUGAUCUUGGUGCUGGUCUUGUGAAUCCAACCCGCUCUGUCGAUCCAGGCCUAGUCUUUACAUCAGAGUUUGAAGAUUACAUAAGUUUCUUGUGCUCAUUGCCCAACAUCAAUCGAACAACAGUCAAAGUGGCAACCGGAGAAUCAUGCAACCAAUUGUUUAGCCAUCCUGCCAACCUGAAUCUCCCUUCAGUGACAAUAUCAGCACUAAAAGGAUCUCAAACGGUGCAGAGGAGUGUUAAGAAUGUAGGAAGCAAGCCAGAGACAUACUUGGGCUCAGUGAUGUCACCAAAUGGGACUACAGUGACUCUCUCUCCAACAUGGUUUACAAUAGCUCCACAAGGAACUCAACAUAUAGAAAUACAAUUCCUUGUGACAAAGGCAGGGGAUGAGUUUAGUUUUGGGGAAAUUGUUUUCACAGGAAGUUUAAAUCACAUUGUUAGAAUCCCAUUAUCGGUUUUUCCUGUUUCCAUAUCCUAAAUUUGAGAUUGGAAAUUAAU